UGCGCAUGUGCGAUUAAUUGCGUAGGGCAUGUAAAUAAUGGAGCCAAAGCUGCCAUUGACUGAAAGCGGGAAGUUGAGUUUUUACCGUACUACUUGUUUACUGGAAUUUUAAUAACAUUUCUAUCUGCAAAAUUAGCAAAACAAUACCCGGUCAUGCCAUGUUUGAUGAUGCAUAUCCAACACAGUGGCGCAAAUCCAUGACGUAAAACCCACUGUCCCGAUUCUGCAAAUUUCACACGUUUGUAACCUGCGCUCUCGAACACUUACGUGCACUUAAAUUACGUGUCGACUUCAAUGAGGACCGUAGAGUGUUGUGUGGGUGUUGGGAUUGGGUCAACCUGGUGGCAUUUGAAGCAUGGCGGCACCCGACUGCAUCUUACGCCGAACUCUGGCGCGGUCCAGAACCGCUAAAAAUCAGCGCUCUCAAGUGGUCUGUAGGGAGACGCUCUACCUGUUGGACGUGUUGCGCUACACCAGAGACGAGGGUUCUUCCGUCUACUUCCCACACACCAUCUUCUCUGGCGACAACCUUUACGACGUUACGCUGAGUGAUGGCGACUGCCGCCUGCGCGUCACUCUGGAUCCCAGACUCAACGGGCUGGUGGAGAAGAACGUAUUGCGGCAGGGGACUGCCGUGCGAAACGCCACCCUCGCCCCUGCCAUGACGGGCUUGGCAGAUCGCACAGAGGACGAAAGCUUCAUCAUGGUCAGUGUGGAGGUGAGCGCGUUUGAGAGUAUCGAGGACUCGCACCAGGACUCCUUGCCCUGGAGUGGCUCGUCCGACGUGUCAGGUCCUCUGCUGGCCAAUCGGAGGGUCUUUCUGCCGCUGUGGAACAACGUGGACUUCUACGGCGACGCCUGGAAGAAGACGGCGCCUCCUCUGGAGGAGGAGGUGACGGCUCUCCGUCCCACCAUGACUGUCCAAGACCUCAGCCAGGGAUUCUUGGCCCGCGAAGUUUGGGCCCUUAGAACCAUCCGCCGCCGGCUGAUUGUGCGCAUCGCGGCCAAGUCACACCUGACGUAUUACGGGAGAGCAGACAGUAACUGCGCAUGCCCCUAUCAGGCGCUGUUGGAGGCGCACGACUCGUCAGGAAGCGUGUCACUAGUGUUGUGGAACAGCAUGUGUGUCGAGUGGUACCGUGUGCUCAAGCCCGGCCACGUCAUCAGCCUGAGCCACUUCCGCAUCAAGGAACGGUACCAAUCAGAAGGGGACAACAUCGAGAUAAGCGUGAACAGCCGGAAUCCCGCCUCUCGCAUCGCUCUGCUCCCGGAAGCGUCCGUGGCGCCCGACUGCCUGCCGCCGCCGGCGCCCCCCUACAACUUCUGCGACAGUGAGGAACUUGCGUCUUGCUCUCACGGCGCCCUCUGCGACGUCAUCGGCUUCGACUGGUUCCGGCAGCAGGACGAGAGACGCCUGUUGCGCUCGGCUCUGAUUGGCGGAUUCUUCGUGUACCCGCCCCCUCCCGUCUCCUUGGAAGCGUACAUGAGACACAGGGGAGCCCGGUUUCCUCCAGGGGAUGGAGCUUCUGAGAGAGAUCAAGAAACUUUGUUACAGGGAGCGACGCACCUUCUGUAUUCAGGCCACCGUUACCAUGGUUACGUAUUGUCACAGAGGAGAGGAGGAGCGUUGCAUCUUUUGGCGAGAUGUGUCUUCGUCUCUGUCCUCCACCUCACCCACCUCGCCAGCGUUGUCGUCCAGGCUUUUGCUAUCGUCGGCUCUCAAUCAGUCGACGCCCCGGCGGCUGCCAUCUCCCACCGGUGUCAGGUAACAGCAUUUCCUGCCUCGGCUUUCUCGAUUAAAACCGCCACGUUCGUGUUUGUGCGCAGCAGGCCGUGCAAAAGGAAGCUGCUGCUGCACUCGGACACGCCGCAAAAGGGACGUCCCCGUGCGACCGUCCAACCCGAAGCCAGCAACAAGACAGCCAUUCUUUUCGAGGCUUCCAUGGAGUUCCUCCAAGACGCGGACGACAACGGCGAAGACGAAGCAGAGGAGGACGAGGACAGCUUGUCGUACGCCACCUGCCCGUCGCCGCCGGAUUUCCCUCAUGUCGCCAUGGAGACGCUAGCCAUGCGCUACGACCCCGCCCAUGAGAAAAAACAGGCGGUUGCCGUGGCGAUGGGAGGGACCCUGACCUGUGCUGCCCUCUUCGCCAGCGAGGACUACUACACGCUCAAGCUUAAAGCUUUGUCGGAUGGCGUGUGCAUCGGCACCAUCUUCCUCCCUCAGGCGUCCUCUUCCUCCCUUUCGCCACCGUCCCACUCCCACAGCAACACCUGGGCGUCCAUCUUGUCCCACGGAGCCUUUUCAUCCCACGCGCCCCCACCUUCGCCAGGGGACCUCAUCGCUACGGCAACACUGCUUGCUAAUCAAAGGCUGUUGUGCCUGCUGGAUGUGUGUAAUCUGGGCGGAGACCUCGACGAGGUGGUCAUCAGCCGGGCCUUCCCGAUGACCUGAGGACACCCAUGUUUAUUUUUUGAAAUUUUGGUUUCCUCUCUGAUCAGUGUCUCCUCACACUGUUUUGUUUGCUACGUGUGUGGCUGGAGGGGACGGGGAAGCGUGUGCUCU